AUGGCACGCAAAGAAGGAUAUGACAUUCGCAUUAAUUCGAAACAAAUGGAGUUCUACCUUGAUGUUAAACUCCGAAUGACAGCUCGUAUUGAUGACAACUGCGUUGCUUACCUCAACGGACGAGUUCUCACGUCGGAGCAGGCACAUAUCGCGAGUACACUCAAGCUGGACCGAGAGCUGUGGCAUCGCCGCCUUGGUCACUUUCACCAGGACGGAGUCGACAUAUUAAUCCGCCAUAAUCUGGUCAACGGGCUCAAGCUGGACUCAAAUGCAAAGCCAGACCCUAUAUGCGCCCCGUGUAUUGCGGGCAAGCAAACUCGAGCACCCCAUACAACGCCAGCGACUCACGCCGCCACUCCAUUAGACCGGGUCUUUAUUGAUUUAAAAGGCCCAGUCAAUGCUGAGUCUAUGCCACACCAUGGAGCAUUCAGGGCGUUCCAAGAGUUCCACAAGCUCGCUGAGAAUCAGACGCACCAGCGCUUGGUACACUUGCGAGAUGAUAAAGGCGGCGAGUUCAGUGGCAAAGAGUUCGAUCAGUACUGUAUCUCCGCUGGUAUUACAAGAGAACGCACCAUAGUGGCAACACCGGAGCAGAAUAGACGAGUCGAGCGAGCAAACCGAUGGAUAGCAGAAGGGACAAUCACUAAACUUACAGAAUCAAACCUUCCACCAUCGUUUUGGGGUCUUGCUGCACUUGCCACUGUCCACGAGUUCAACCGUGCCCGAGUUCACAAUGGGAAAACCCCGUAUGAACAUUGGCAUGGUGAACCUCCAAGUGUUGAUCACCUUCGAAUAUUUGGAUGUCUUGCCUAUGUCUUCAUUCCAAAAUCGCAGCGCAAUGCCCUCGACUCGCACACUGACAAGUGUAUCUUCACACGAAAGAUUAUACACAGCGACAGUGCUGUAUUCGAUGAGAGAGUCUUUCCAGGCACUUCGUUUGUGAAGGAAUCGAUUCCGAACCUCUCGGACUACAUCCACCUGCCAGACCUCGAGGAAACCAACGCCUCUCCAUCAUCAAUUCCACCCCAAAAUACUCACCCUCCGACUCGACGCUGGAGACCUAAGCCGAAUUUCGAAGCGCCUGAUCAUAUCCUCAUUCCCAUUGCUGAUGGCGUCGAAGCUGCCUUAAACACAUCUACAAGCCGCGAGCCAACAACACUAGGAGAAGAUCUGAAACGCCCUGACGGCGACAACAAGUACAAGGGACGCAUUGUGGCCAAGGGAUACGCACAACGAGAGGGAAUCGACUACACAGAGACCUUCGCACCAACAGCUCGCUUUGGUGCCCUUCGCACCAUCAUAGCACUUGCAGCACUUGAAGACUGGGAGCUAGAGUCAGUAGACAUAUCAACCGCUUUUCUCAAUGGUGAGAUUGAUGCAGAAGUCUACAUGAGAAAGCCAGAAGGAGUCGAGUUCGAGGGCUAUGAAGGCACGAGCUGGGUGCUUCAACUCCUCAAGGGUCUCUAUGGAAUCAAACAAGGCCCUCGCAUCUGGUCUGUGAAGCUACACACUGUCCUAUCAGAAAUUGGACUCAAACGUCUCGAAAGCGAUCACAGUGUCUUCAUCUAUGAACGCGACAGUGUGAAGAUCAUUGUACCAGUCCAUGUCGAUGACUUACUGCUUGCAUCAAAGUCAUCCGAAGCCAUUCAAAUGGUGAAGGAUGAGCUCAAAGCACGCUUCAAGAUCCAUGACCAAGGCCCUACCUCAUUCCUAAUUGGUGUCAAGCUCGAGCGCGAUCGCCAACCCCAUACCAUCUCCCUCUCUCAGCCUGUGUACAUCGAACAGAUCCUCGAAACCUACGAAAUGCAGGACUGUAAUGGCACCGACACGCCUAUGGCUGAAAAGCCACUCCUCUCGACCAAGGAUUCAUCACAAACUGAGCAGGAGAACGAGAAUCCUGGACGAGCACACUGGCUAGCUCUCAAACGGGUAUUGCGAUAUCUCCGCACAACAACGAAGUACAAGCUCACCUACGGCCUCAAACCCAACUCCGACGAACUGUUCACGACGCAUAGUGAUGCCGAUCUGGGUGGAAACGCUGGUAAUACCCGCUCAACAGCCGGUUUUGUCAUGUCAAUUGGUGGUGGCGCUGUAAUGUGGAGUAGCCGACUCCAGCGCCAUACAUCACUAUCAUCAACCGAGUCGGAGUAUACAACAGCCUCCACCACCGUGUGCGAAAUGAUCUGGAUGCGGUCGUUCCUUGAUGAAAUUGGCUACGACAUUGCGUCCUAUCCAUCCACCCUAUUUGUUGACAACGCCUCUGCCAUUCAAGUUGCCAAGAACCCAGAACAUCAGUCCACCAUGAAGCAUGUCCACCGUAGCUUCAACUGGAUUCGCGAGAGAGUUGCCAAUAAUGAAAUCUGUGUUGCUCAUGUCCCUGGAGUCGUCAAUGUUGCCGACAUCUUCACCAAACCACUAGGCCGCAUCAAGUUCGAACAGUUUGUCAAAAUGCUCGGUCUGAUUCCUCACCCUCAUGCCCGUACUCAGUCCAUGAGCAAAGUCACAGGGUCAGGGGGUCGUGUUAAAGGUUUACCCUUUGAAUCUUAG